CUUGAAAGGAUAGUCGCAAUGACAUGCGUUCGCGGCUAUACGGAGAUUGCAUCGGUGAGGAAGCUCAGGGCGAUGUGGUGCCGCUAGUCACGCGUUGUUUUCGGAUACAAUCUCGCGUCGCUCCCCGUUACUGAAACCUCUAAUCAAACGCCCCCUAUCGCAACCCCGACUCACAUAGCAACAACCGCACAUUGCCCAGGAGGCUCCGCAAACAAGAGCAGUGCUAGAUAACCCGCCACCGCUCCGUAAAUGCCUAGGAUUCGAAAACACCGAAUCUCUCUGCUGAUAAGGAGUCUCACGACUGCGACGGCCCUGCACCUGCCACCCCUGUCAACCACCAUGGACACGCCCAACUCCCCACCCGCACGUUCAACUUCGCCCGAACCUUGGGCAACCCCAUCGCUCGCCAUCGGCGCAAUUCCCCCGCUCGACCGCUCUGUCUCGACCGCGUCGUCUGUCUCGUCGGCGCGCUCAGUGAGCUCGCGCCUCUCCGAUGGCGGCAGGCGACGUGGUUACAUGCGCCCCGAGGGCACCGAGUUCUCCAAGUCGGCCAAGAACAGAGAGAGCGUCAUGAACCUGGGAACCAUUGCACAUCUCCAGUACUACUUCGCGCGGACUGGCCUGCUCGACACCGCGACUGGACGCGUGGCCAAAGGCCGCAAGCCCGGAUCGCGAACAGCGAGCGGCAACGAACCGAUGUCGCCCGGGCUCGAUGCCGACUUCUCGACAAUGUCGCUGGCGUCACCAGACGGGAUGAAUGACCCGGUGGGCUUCGUUGAGUCACCGCUUGACGAGACGGCGUCCAUGCAAUGGGAGGACCCCGAGCCCAUGAUGCUUCCACCUACCGUCAGCACCUACAAGAAUAACCCCGUCUACGUCCCACCGCCGCCUGAUAUGACUGUCCUACGCCGUGAACUCCGCGAGUCGCUUGCUGAGUCCAUGAAACAUCUACACGAACUCGAGAAAGGCUUUUCUGACGUUCAGCCGGACGGAAAGACGGCGAAGAACGGUGGCGAGGAAGCUUCAGGAUGGCAUGAGGUACAAGGCAUAAAUCUCUUGGACGUUACCACCCUCGCGAUCCGCGCCGCGAAGAACUACUACACCGCACACGAAGAACCACAACGACUUUACGCCAUCAAGUCGGAACGGACGAUCCGAAAGGAACUAUACGAUACACUUGAGGUCCUUAAGCGUCUCGCCAUUCGCAACUUCGGAAACGGAGUACAGCCGUAUGAAGUCACCCAACUUAAGCAGUGGGUCGACGACAUCGGCACACUGCUCGACACCGAAGAGGAGAAGGAGCGCUUGGAACUCGCAGAAAGAGAAAGCUGGUCGUGGCGCGAGGGUGACUGGACGGGCAAAGAACGCGAGAGAGAGCUGCUCUUCCUCAAGUCGUUUGACAGCAAUCCAGAGCCCCUUCCUGAGUGGACCAGCGCUGCCGACUCUGAGCUCCCGACACCCUUCCUCGCCGCACUACAGAACGGACUGCGCCUAGUACAUCUCCACAACACUCUCGUCCGAAAGUCAAAACGACACUUUGAAGAGAUCAAGACGUACCACACCGACACAGCGAAGCCUUAUCGCUGCGCCGACAACCUGCGCUACUGGGUCAAAGCCGCCGAGCUGCGCUGGGACAUUAAACUCGACGUUAAUGUCAUGGACGUGGUUCACGGCGAAGACGCGGAAGCGUGGAAGAAGUUCGACGCUGCCAUCCUGCAGUGGUGCCAGGGCGUGCGUGAGGAAAUCACGUCGGAAUGGCAAAAGCAGAAGAACCAAACGAGAACCCCUACACUACAGAUCGACCCGAAUUACGAGGCGCUGUGAAGUGGCCUUAUGGCAAAGUAUUCAUGGAUCUCACCCUUCUUUCAUUUCUUGUCCAUGUUUCCCACUUAACCCUUUAUCUAAUUUGCACGAAGCUCAUGUCCACCCACAUCUCAACUCCACACCAUAGAGAAUUUCCUCAAAGAGUAUUCCCUGGUUGGAAGCAGGGCUCUUUUACCAUUCCGCUCAGAGCGUGCCGAUAGGAGGCGGCUUGAGAUAGAUACCCCCUUUGCACCUGCGGCUUGCAGAUCUAUAGUGUUAUAUACAGUCAAGUCGGAAUGUAAAUAAUGUGUACCAAUGUAUAAUACGUCCUCAAUCGGAAAUCCCAUUCAAUUCAAUUCAACUCGGUCCA